GACAAGUGUCAGUUCUGUCACUCAUUCAAAUAACAUGUUUUUGUAACCACGUGCGUCUUAAUAUUUUAUGUAUUUUCAAGACGAAUUCUCUAAAUAUAUUAUUUAAACAACUACUUAAUUCCUCUCCAUCAAAAUGCCAAAAUCAAAAAGGGACAAGAAAGUUUCUCUUACCAAGACAACCAAGAAAGGGCUGCUAUUGAAACAGAAGACCAUAGAAGAAAUUCGUAACUCAAUUUCAAAGUAUGAACAUAUAUUUCUUUUUACUGUUAACAACAUGAGAAAUGCUAAACUGAAGGAUUUGCGCAAUGACUGGAGCGAUUCAAGGUUUUUCUUCGGAAAGAAUAAGGUGAUGGCUUUAGCACUCGGCAAAUCAAAAAGUGAUGAACUGGAGGAUCAACUCAAUUUGCUAUCAAAAAAACUGAAAGGACAGUGUGGACUUUUAAUGACAAACAAGGAUGUGUUUGAUGUGCUAGAGUACUUCAAGAGUUAUAGUGAGAAAGAGUUUGCACGAGCAGGGUUCGUUGCUACAAAAGAUGUACUAUUACCAGUAGGACCUCUCACUGGAUUCUCACAUGCCAUUGAACCACAUUUAAGACGGCUGGGACUGCCCACUUCACUCGAGAAGGGUGUUAUCACAUUGAUAAAAGAGUAUCAGGUUUGCAAGAAAGGCUCGCCACUAACCCCAGAACAGGCCAGUAUUCUAAAGCUUCUCGGUAAACAAAUGGCCAAGUUUAAAAUUGUGAUCAAAUGCCACUGGAGUAAAGGCAAAGGUUUCCACAAAGAUGAUGACAGCCCGAGUGAUGAUGAAGCAGAAGCCGAUGAAGAAAAUAAUGAUGAUGCAGAAGUUCUUGAAGAUGAAGAGAUGGCCGAGGAUGAAAGCUAGUUGUAGGUGGUUGAUUAUUAGGAUUUGUAAGUAAUACAUACUUGUUACAACCA